CAGACACACUAAAAAGGAGAGCAUCUAGUAGUGGGUCUCGAAGUGUUUGUGGUUCUGGCCUCUAAAGCGUGAUAUAGCUGAUUUAAAUAGCUGGGACGACUUGUGAAAGAUGUUUCGAAGAAAACUGACAGCUUUGGAUUAUCAUAACCCAUCUGGAUUUGACCAUAAAGAUGAAACCGAGUUCAGGAACUUUAUUGUGUGGCUGGAAGACCAGAAGAUCAGACACUACAAAAUUGAAGACCGGGGCAACCUGAGGAAUAUUCCCAGCUCAGAAUGGCCGAAGUACUUUCAGCAGUAUCUUCAAGACGUGAACUGCCCAUUCACCUCCCAAGAGAGACAAGAGUCAGUGGACUGGCUGCUGGGGCUUGCCGUUCGGUUCGAGUAUGGCGAUAAUGGCUCCCCAGUGGAGAAGUACAAGAACUGCCAGCCAGCCACGACCACCAACAAGGCUGAGAAACCCACUGAUCCUCUCAUCCACCUGGACAGCAGUAACCCAGACUUUAAGGCAGGUGUUAUGGGCCUCGCUAACCUGCUGAAGAUCCAGCGCCACGAUGACUACCUGGUCAUGCUGAAGGCUAUAAGGAUCCUCAUCCAGGAGAGACUGAACCCGGAGGCCAUAUCCAAGGCCAGACAGUCUAAAGAGGGUCUCCCAGUGGCUUUGGACAAGCACAUCCUUGGAUUUGAUACCGGAGAUGCCACCUUGAACGAGGCAGCUCAGAUCCUGCGCCUACUCCACAUUGAGGAAUUGCGGGACUUGCAGACCCGGAUCAAUGAGGCUAUUGUUGCCGUCCAGGCAGUCAUUGCAGAUCCCAAGACAGACCACCGCUUGGGCAAGGUCGGCAGAUAACCUGGCCUGCCAGACCCCUUGACCCUGACCCCAAAAACACACAGCUUGUGGGAAAGCAGAACCAUUCAAAACAACAACCCCUUCCCAACAAAAAAAAAAGCCUUGGAGUUGGAUUGUUCAGUUUUUGGAAUGAGUGGAGAGAAAUGAACUUAUUUUGGUAGAAUGUUGUUGUGGAGAAACGGUAUAAAAACAAAGAUGAAAGUGUGGUUUUUGUUUCUAAGUAAUUUAAUGCAGUUCUGAACUUAAAUGGCCAUUCAGUUAGAGAUUUGGUUCAGCAAAACAAUCUUGGGAUAGAUUGAGACAAAAGAUAGGAAAAGUCUGUAAAUCCUGAAUCACAUUUUAUUGUUAUAAAUAUCGCAUCUUACAAAAGAUAAAAAGGAUUAAAAAAAAAAUCAAUGCAAUGUGGUAAAAUUGUUAGUGCACAGAAUUCUCAUACUGUUGUUCAUUCAAUACACAUUGACAAUUACAAUAGAA